AUGGUUCAGUACUUCAAAGCGCGGCUGUACGGCGAAACCAGCUUGGAAAACUUUUGCUUGGAGAAGAUUGAUUUAUGGGCAGCAUCCGUACUGCAUUCCGCCGAUUUCCUGGAAAUUGACUUGGAGGUGUUGCAAAUCAUUUUACGUCGCGACACUCUAAAGGUCAAAGAGGUGGAUGUGUGCAAUGCCGUUACGAAAUGGGCCAAGCAUCGAUGUGAGCAGGAUAAACUUGAUCCUACCGGAGCCAACCAGCGGUCGGUUUUAGGGGAUGCUCUGUUUCUGAUACGAUUCCCUGUUAUGACGCCCGAAGAUGUUGCAAGUGGACCCCUCAAGAUUCCAGAUAUCUAG